AUGGCGCCAGCUCACGAAGCAGUUGCUGCGCUCGAAGCUCGCUCCUACUGCUCAUCCGGGUCCUACUACAGCAAUGGCUUCUGCUACCGCAACUCCAACUGGUACGGCUGGGGUCGUUGGGUUCUGCUCGGCGUCAUCGUCUUCGUCUUCUUCCUGUUCCUGCUCUUCAUGAGCCGCCGCGUCCGCCGCCAGCGUCGCACCGGUACGAGGCCCAUGUACGGCACCAGCUGGAUGGGAGGCUGGGGCCAACACCAGCAACCGCAGUACAACAACGCCCAGAACUACUCCGCCCCCCCGCCGCAGUAUAGCCAGCAGGCUUCGGGCAACCCCCAGUACACAGGCGGCACCUACAACAGCAACCAGGGCUACUAUGGCCAGAACACCGGCACGUACAACAACGAUGUGCCCCUACAGCAGCCGUCUAACACCUACUACCCGACGCGGGAGGCCGAUAACGACUAUGCGGCGCCCGAAGGCCCCCCGCCGUCCAAGAGAUAA